GCAGUCGCUCCCACAGUCUCCUCUCUUUGCCUUUCUCCUGUGCUAUCCUAGACUCAAGGGUUCCAGCAGCAAUGACUCUGUUGAAACAUCCAGGUCUAGAUGAUGAAUGCUUGCUCUGGAAGAGCCAGAUCUCAAGCAAGCAGGAUUUGAUUUCGGGGCAUGCAUUUGCACAGCGUCCUUACUGAAGCCUCCAGCAGCAUCACCCCAGCCCCAGCAUGAGAAGCCAGCUGCACCCUCACCCUCAUCCUCAUCACCUUAACCAGCCCGUUUCCAUUUGCCCUUCCUGGUGCGUGAAGCCUCUUCCACUUCUGCUUGCUAUUCAUCCUGGAGGUGCAGAAAUUGAUGAUGCAAUGCGUAGCUUUGCUGAAAAAGUGUUUGCCUCUGAAGUCAAAGAUGAAGGAGGCCGUCAUGAGAUUUCCCCCUUUGAUGUGGAUGAGAUCUGUCCAAUUUCUCAUCAUGAGAUGCAAGCACACAUGUUCUACCUGGAGACUCUGCCCACCUCCACAGAAAGCAGAAGCAGGAGAAAAAAGCAGUUUGGUGGAUGGAAGACUGUUAAUUUGUCUGUUCCACAAAGUGAAACAUCUCUCGCCAAACUGUCCCACGCUGAUGAGUACAUUUCUUCCUCUCCGACCUACCAGAUGGUGCCUGAUUUUCAGAGAGUGCAGAUCACUGGUGAUUAUGCCUCUGGGGUUACGGUUGAAGAUUUUGAAGUGGCUUGCAAAGGUCUGUAUCGGGCAUUGUGUAUACGGGAGAAAUACAUGCAGAAGUCGUUUCAGAGGUUCCCUAAAACCCCUUCCAAGUACUUGCGGAACAUUGAGGGUGAGGCUUGGGUAGCAAAUGAGAGCUUCUAUCCAGUCUUUACGCCUCCUACAAAAAGUGGAGAAGACCCCUUUCAAACAAAUGAUCUCCCGGAAAACCUGGGUUAUCACCUCAAAAUGAAGGAUGGUGUCGUUUAUGUCUAUCCUAAUGAAGCAGCGGCCAGCAAGGAUGAGCCUAAGCCACUUCCUUACCCAAAUCUCGACACCUUCUUAGAUGAUAUGAACUUUUUACUUGCUUUAAUUGCCCAAGGACCUGUUAAGACCUAUACCCACCGGCGCCUGAAGUUCCUAUCCUCCAAGUUCCAGGUCCAUCAGAUGCUCAAUGAGAUGGAUGAGUUAAAGGAGCUGAAGAACAACCCCCACAGGGAUUUUUACAACUGCCGGAAGGUGGACACCCAUAUCCAUGCAGCUGCUUGCAUGAACCAGAAACAUCUACUGCGCUUCAUUAAGAAAUCUUACCAAGUCGACGCUGACAGAGUGGUCUAUAGCACCAAGGAGAAAAAUCUGACCCUCAAGGAACUUUUUGCUAAGUUAAAAAUGCAUCCCUAUGACUUGACUGUUGAUUCUCUGGAUGUUCAUGCUGGACGCCAGACUUUCCAGCGUUUUGAUAAGUUCAAUGACAAAUACAAUCCUGUAGGAGCAAGUGAGCUACGAGACCUCUACCUGAAGACAGACAAUUACAUUAAUGGGGAGUAUUUUGCCACUAUCAUCAAGGAGGUGGGAACAGACCUGGUGGAUGCCAGGUACCAGCAUGCUGAGCCCCGCCUGUCAAUCUAUGGCCGCAGUCCUGAUGAGUGGAGCAAACUUUCCACCUGGUUCGUCCGCAACCGCAUCCACUGCCCCAACAUGACAUGGAUGAUCCAGGUCCCCAGGAUCUAUGAUGUGUUCCGAUCUAAGAAUUUCCUUCCACACUUUGGAAAGAUGCUGGAGAAUGUUUUCAUGCCAGUGUUUGAGGCCACCAUCAACCCUCAGGCUCACCCAGACCUCAGUGUCUUCCUCAAGCGUAUUACUGGCUUCGACAGUGUGGAUGAUGAAUCCAAACACAGUGGCCACAUGUUCUCUUCCAAGAGCCCCAAGCCUCAGGAGUGGACAAUGGGAAAGAAUCCCUCUUACACUUACUAUGCCUACUACAUGUACGCAAAUAUCAUGGUGCUCAACAGCCUGAGAAAGGAACGAGGCAUGAAUACGUUUCUGUUCCGACCUCACUGUGGGGAAGCUGGCGCUCUCACCCACCUCAUGACAGCAUUCAUGACAGCAGAUAAUAUCUCUCAUGGCCUGAAUUUGAAAAAGAGUCCUGUGUUACAGUAUUUGUUUUUUUUAGCCCAGAUUCCCAUCGCUAUGUCACCAUUAAGUAACAACAGCUUAUUUCUAGAAUAUGCCAAAAAUCCUUUUUUAGAUUUCCUCCAGAAAGGGCUAAUGAUCUCACUGUCUACAGAUGACCCGAUGCAAUUCCACUACACCAAGGAGCCCCUAAUGGAAGAGUAUGCCAUUGCUGCACAAGUCUUCAAGCUGAGUACCUGUGAUAUGUGUGAAGUGGCAAGAAACAGCAUUCUGCAAUGUGGAAUUUCUCAUGAGGAGAAAGCAAAGUUUCUGGGCAACAAUUACCUUGAGGAAGGCCCCGUUGGAAAUGAUAUCCGGAGGACAAAUGUGGCCCAAAUCCGCAUGGCUUAUCGUUAUGAAACCUGGUGCUAUGAACUUAAUUUAAUUGCUGAAGGCCUUAAAUCAGGAGAAUAAAAUAAACCAAAUGAUAA